AUGCAAAAUCUGCGGACCGGUCUGGCGCUGUGCCAGAUCUGCGAGCGAGAAUUCACCGAAGACGACGACUUGAUUCCCCGGAUUUUGAGUGAAUGCGGUCACACACUGUGCACAGAAUGCAUUCGAAAAAUCGCCGGCACCAACAAGAACACCAUUCACUGCCCAUUUGACCGAAUUUCGACGUCGAUUCCUGGCGGAGACGUGAAGAAACUCAAAAAGAACUUCACAAUUCUGCAAAUGAAGGAGGAGGAACGCUUCCGAAAGCGGCAGAUGAGCUCGACGAAGCGAGAUAAGAAGGCGAGGAGCAACGAUGGCACAUGCGAUGAGAAUCCGGCUCAUAGAGCGGCGAAUUUUUGUAAAAUUUGUGAUGCGGACUUGUGCGAUGAAUGUUGGGACCUGGUCCACUCUCUGACUAUUCUUGCCCAUCAUGAGAAAUCGUCCUUAUUCGCUAAACCGAUCGAAGCGCCUCCAUGCACUGUGCACUUGGUAGAGAAAGCUGCCUUUGUGUGCACCGUAGCGGCAUGUAAAACUAUGGGGGUACGACCAUCACCUUCUAGAGCAGAAAAUUUCCUAGUGAUUCAAACGUACUCAGCCGACGGUUCGGCGUUCACUGAUAAGCUCCUUGAGCUAAAACGAUUCCGAUAUUUCGCCCCCGAGAAGGAUGAAAUCAUCGAAUCGAAAAUGAAGGACGCCGUGGAGCAGCGAAUCGAUCGACUGCUUCAACGAAUCGCCAAUCAACGAGCCGAUCUGGAUUGGAUUCGAAAGAACAAGGCCAGCUUGGACCGGCUGAUGGCGUCGAAUAAUGUGAAAUUGGUGUCGCAGCGAUGGGAGGUGGAUAUGACCGUGGGAAGGAUCGAAAGUGCAGUUAUUAAGCAUCCAAAAGCGCUCGCCGUCUGCGCCAACUGCAUCGUCCAUGUGCCGUCGUUGAGCCCUUUCAAAAUUGAGAUGAGGCCAGCGUAUCGAUUGGAAAUUCGAGAUAAUACCAAUGCGCUGACCGCAUUUUUCGAUCAAAAGAGCACUUUGGUUUCGGCGAAAACAAACAUCCGUCGCUUCAAAAACCACUUCUUCCGGCUCAUCGAGCAACACGAAGUGAGCAGCAUUUGCUCCGAGGGCUUGAGUCUUAUCAUCGUCGUUGAUCCAUUCAAUGGCGACCACGACAAGCACUGUGACGCAUUGGAACUUCUCGAAAAUGCCACGGCCUACGAGAGCAUUGUCGUCGGCCUGACGCCGUUCAACUUCCAGGCCAUCUCCACUUUCCUUGCCAAACUUGUAGAUAUUGGAGAACGAGACCCGCGUGUUCGCAUCGUCUACAUCAACGAUCAGGAGCGGGAUGUCGAGCAGAUGGUGGAGUUCGCAAUGUCCCGAUAA